AUGGUGCUCGCCUUCGCCCUCCGCCUCCUCGGCAGCUCCGCUUUGCUCCUGGCCACCGCGGCUGCGGCUCGAGAGGUGACAUGUCCUCGGGUACCAAACAUUGCUAACGGGCUGCACAGCGGACAGUCCUUGACCAAGUUUUCCGUGGGAGUGACCGUGUACUACAGCUGCAAGGAUGGCUACGCGCUGGUCGGGAACGUGUCCAUCAACUGCACGGAGACCGGGGUGUGGAGCAGGCCCCUGCCCCGCUGCGAAGCAAUCGGCUGUGAGAUACCCAAGGUGCAGAACGGGAAGGUCCAUGGGCUGCAGAGCACCUACAAAGCUGGACAGACUCUGUACUUUGACUGCGACACCGGUUACGCCGCAGAGGACACCUACGAGACUCAGUGCCAGCCGGGGGGGAUCUGGGAUCCGCCGGUGCUCAUCUGCGAGAAGGUCCAACCAUGCCCCAUGCCUCCAGAGAUCACCAAUGGAAAUCACAACGGCCAAGGCAAGGCAUUUUUUACCAUGGGAACGUCUGUAACGUACACCUGUGAUCCCGGCUACUACCUGGUUGGAAAUGCCGUUGUGUUUUGCAAAGCAUCAGGGAGAUGGAGCCAGCCCAUCCCUCGCUGUGAAGAGGUGACAUGUCCUCAGCCACCCAACAUUGCUAACGGGCUGCACAGCGGACAGUCCUUGACCAAGUUUUCCGUGGGAGUGACCGUGUACUACAGCUGCAAGGAUGGCUACGCGCUGGUCGGGAACGUGUCCAUCAACUGCACGGAGACCGGGGUGUGGAGCAGGCCCCUGCCCCGCUGCGAAGCAAUCGGCUGUGAGAUACCCAAGGUGCAGAACGGGAAGGUCCAUGGGCUGCAGAGCACCUACAAAGCUGGACAGACUCUGUACUUUGACUGCGACACCGGUUACGCCGCAGAGGACACCUACGAGACUCAGUGCCAGCCGGGGGGGAUCUGGGAUCCGCCGGUGCUCAUCUGCGAGAAGGUCCAACCAUGCCCCAUGCCUCCAGAAGUCCGCAAUGGAAAUCACAACGGCCAGGGCAAAGCAUUUUUUACCAUGGGAACGUCUGUAACAUACACCUGCGAUCCCGGCUACUACCUGGUUGGAAAUGCCGUUGUGUUUUGCAAAGCAUCAGGGAGAUGGAGCCAGCCCAUCCCUCGCUGUGAAGUGACUGUCUGCGUAAAUCCAGAUAUAGAGAAUGGAUGGCAAGUUGGUGGUCAAGGACUUAUCUCCGCACCUGGACAAAUGGUGACAUUUCAGUGUUACACUGGUUACAGCCUGCAAGGCAGUGCUAAGAUCUUCUGCCAGGAGGAUGGCAGCUGGCACCCUCCUGUUCCCGUCUGCAAUAGACUGUACCAUUACCAGGAGUUCUCAAACAGGCCUGGACUUCCAGGUGGUUGUGGUGCUCCUACAAGGUUACACUUUGCUGAGCUAAACGAGGAGCAUAAAAAUGAGAUUGAUUUUUCUGUUGGGAAGACUGUGCAAUACACUUGCCGACCUGGAUACACUAAACACCCAGGAAUGUCACCUACUAUUACAUGCCUUGAGAGCGGAGUGUGGUCAGAAGCACUAGAGUUCUGUAAAAGGAAACAAUGCAAUCAUCCUGGUGAACCUGUGAAUGGGAAAAUUGUUUUCCUAACAGAUCUCCUGUUUGGGUCAACAGUGCUCUACAGCUGUGAAGAAGGGCACAGGUUAAUUGGACAAUCCAGCAGACGAUGCGAGAUCUCUGGUGGACAUGUUGCAUGGAGUGGUGACAUUCCCACUUGUCAGCGUAUCCCUUGUAAGCCGCCUCCGGACAUUCCCAAUGGGAAGCACACGGGCAGGCUGCUGGAUGAAUUCUACUUUGGCACAUCUGUAACAUACACCUGCAACCGCGGGUACCCGCUCCAUGGAGAGCCCUCCAUCUACUGCACCACCCGGGAUGGGAAGAACGGCGAGUGGAGCGGGCCCCCCCCGCAGUGUGGAGAGGCAAGAUGUCCUGUCCCGCAGGUCCAGAAUGGGAGAAUAGUGUCUCCUAGGACUGCUUACACACACAAGGACACCAUUGCCUUUGAGUGUGAACCAGGCUAUGUUCUACACGGCCACAGAGUGGUACAAUGCCAACUAAAUAACACCUGGGAGCCACCCGUGCCAGUCUGCGAGCAGGGCAACUGGCUGCAAUGCACCUACCAGACUGGUGUUUGCUGA